GCAUUGCGGAAACAGUCGUUUAUUUCCGUGAGAUUUUGAGUUUUUUUUUUUUAGAUUUUUACAUUCGAUAAAUUCUGCAGUGAUAUCUGGGGUCGAAGAGGUGAAAGUAUUGUGAUUACAUUGUUGGUUGCUGAUGCUAAUUAGCUAGUUUGCUAGCUAGUUUAGCAACCUUUUGCUAAGUGUAGGGCUGUGAUAAUAAGACUUGGCGUUAGCGAUGGUAAAACGCGCACUGUGGACUUGUGGAACUAUAUUUUUCCUGUGUUUCCUGUUUGGAGACUUUGUCUGGGGAUGGUUUCACAACAACAACAACAACAACAACAACAUUCAGGACAAAACGCACCAAUCACAACACAAACUCGUCAGUAAGGUGACACCGGACAGUGCGGACCAAAGCUGUUUUUGUCAUUUGACAGGUGUUUUGGACGACUGCUUCUGCGACGUUGAGAGCAUUGAUGUCUUCAACAACUUCAAGAUUUUUCCUCUCAUACGCAAGCUAAUCGAAAGAGACUUCUUCCGAUACUACAGGGUGAAUCUGAAGCGUCCCUGCCCAUUUUGGCCUGACGAUGGCCACUGCUCUAUCAAGGAUUGUCAUGUGGAGCCCUGCCCAGAGAGCAAAAUUCCAGUGGGGAUUAAAUCAGGAAACUAUAAUAAGUAUUCUCCCGCUGCAAAUGCCAUCAGAGACAUUAAGGAAUGUGAACAGGCCCAUGAGCUGGGUGCCAUUAACAGCACACUGAGUAAUCAAAGUAAAGAGGCAUUUGAGGACUGGGCUCAUCAUGAUGAUGCCCAGGACCACUUCUGUGGCCUGGAUGACGAGACGUCACCUGAAGCAGAGUAUGUGGAUCUUGCGUUAAAUCCUGAACGCUACACUGGAUAUAAAGGCCCCUCUGCAUGGAGAGUGUGGAACAGCAUCUACGAGGAGAACUGCUUCAAGCCACGGUCUGUUUAUCGGCCUCUUAACCCCUUGGCUCCAAGUCGUGGUGAUGAUGAUGGUGAAGGCUUUUACAACUGGCUGGAAGGAUUGUGUCUGGAGAAGAGAGUGUUCUACCGGCUCAUUUCUGGCCUCCACAGCAGCAUUAAUAUCCACCUGUCUGCUCAGUACCUCCUGGAUGAGAGCUGGGGGAAAACGGUUUGGGGCCCUAAUGUGCACGAGUUCCGCCAGAGGUUUGACCCUGCCGAGACCAAGGGCGAGGGAACUCGCAGGCUGAAGAACCUUUACUUCCUGUACCUGAUCGAGCUCAGAGCUCUGUCCAAAGUGGCACCGUAUUUCGAGCGCUCAUUCAUCAACCUCUACACUGGCAGUGCACAGGAAGACUCUACUACCAAAGAGCUGCUGCUGCAGAUCCUCAAUGAGACCAAAGCUUUUCCCAUGCACUUUGAUGAGAGCUCCAUGUUUGCAGGCCACAAAACUGAAGCCAAAAGGUUAAAGGAAGAGUUCAGACUUCAUUUUAAGAACAUUUCCCGUAUAAUGGACUGUGUGGGCUGCAGUAAAUGUCGACUGUGGGGGAAGUUACAGACCCAAGGACUUGGAACCGCCCUCAGGAUCCUCUUCUCUGAGAAAGAGAUCAAGAAUCUUCCAGAAAACAGUCCCUCUGUAGGCUUCCAGCUCACACGCCAGGAGAUUGUAGCUUUGCUUAAUGGCUUUGGGAGACUCUCCACCAGUAUAAAAGAGCUGCACAACUUCCGAACGCUUCUAAAGGACAAGAAGUACCAGAUGAUGUCAGCCCACAGGACACUGCAAUAGUUUGCUCUUCCUCAGAAGGAGGCCUUUAUCAGGGACUUUAGAACUGAGUGUGGCCAAGAGAAACUCCCCUCUGCUGAGCUCAGCAAAUCCCUCUGCUUUAUUCUGCUGCCCAGCUAACAGGAAAAAAAAUACUUCAGCUCACAGCACAGCAAACUGUCAGCUACUGAUGAAAACAGGAAUCAAAGGCAGGACCAGAGCUGACAUACCACACCUUUCCUAAAAAAUGGUUCAGAAUUCACAGCCCUUUGAAUCUGUAAGGCUUCAUAAGAAACUAGUUGUUGUUUUUGUUUUCUGUUUGUUUUCAGGGUUUUGUGUGUGUGUGUGUGUGUGUGUGUGUGUGUGUGUGUGUGUGUGUGUGUGUGUGUGUGUGUGUGUGUGUGUGUGUGUGUGUGUGUGUGUGUGUGUGUGUGUGUGUGUGUGUGUGUGUGUGUGUGUGUGUGUGUGUGUGUGUGUGUGUGUGUGUGAGAGAGAGAGAGAGACAGAGAGACAGAGAGCAGGAAUAUUGUAUGUUUGUGUGUCAGUGAGAUCACAUAUACAUAGGAGGUCAUUUCAGAGGUCAGACGUAUUACUCUAUGGAACACUUACUAGUUUCCGAAACAUUUUUAUGCCUUUAACACCUUAAAGAGGUCACCAUAAAUUAUGAAUUGGCUUUCAUAUUAACAUGUAAUUCUACCAAUAGGACCAUAGGAUUUAUAAUGUUCUGUAAUAAGGAAAUGUAGCAUCUUAGAAAACUCUGAGCAACUCAUAACAAGCAAUAUGGAUACAGUGUAGGACGUCAUUAAAUUGUCUGCGGUGACAACUAUUUCUAGAUGGAUUUCUAGAGCGAUUGAACUUUAGUAUUAAUGUUAUAUCAUUAAUCCCUUUUUUUGCAAGCCAAAGCUUUUCUUAAAAAAAAAGUGUCUCAUUUUUUGUUGCUAGACAUUUCCUCUUCAAACUGUCAUGUUUAUGCCAGAUGUAUGACUGAUUUAUUUGGUCGUUUUAACUUUACAAGACUCGUAUAUGAAGGAGUGUAUGUGUGUGUGUGUCUGAGAGUCUGAGAGAAUGUCCUUCUUCAUUACAAUGGGAUUUGGACCAAACUCUUUUCCUUCUCAUUGGUUCUCUUGUGGUGUUCACUUGAACUGUGUAAGUGGAAGCUGCCAUACAUUUUCUGUUCCCGUACACACAAUACAGUAAACUCAACAACUGUUAUCACCCUUCAUGAAAAUGAAUCAAGAGUUAAAGUAUGGAAUAAAACCAACAUACAUUUUGAUAAUCAUUUUGGAGUCCUGCAUGCUGUUAUCAUUUUAACACAAAACUUUUUCAAACACAAAACAUUUAUUGAGAAGAAAUUUUUAAUAUUUGAUGAAGCUUCCCUUAGUCUAAGAAUGUCUGGGGAGGAAAAAUGACGUAAUAUUGUAUAAAUCCUAGCAAUUCCACAGCCAUCCAUUAUUGGGAGUCCACAAGACCAAAAUUGCUCGUUCUCUCUGGAUGGUUGGGACGUUGUAUUCCCUCUCCCCUGUCAAUCACAGUAAAUUUAGCCAAACGUGGGCAUCUGAGAGCUCAUGUGUAUCAAAGAGGGCAGAUGGUGCUUUCCUCUGUGUGUGUUAGACUUCCGUCUCACUGAUUUGUAGCUGCUGUGUGAUGGAGAAAACUGGUGGGUGGGAUUUGACAAAAUGGGAUUUUAAUAUCUUUUAUUUUAUUAUCUUUAAUUUGUCCUAAUUACCUUUUGUUUUUUGUUAUUAUUAUACAUAAGAAAAAUGUUAACGUUAAUUAAAGCAAAGCUAAGAAGUUCCCCAAAAUGAGUAAGCACAACCAAUAAUGUUUGUGUUUUUAGCUUCUGCAGUCAGAUUGGCUGCUUUUCAUGAAGGGUGAUUAAACUACUUGAGGUCACUGUUUACACACAGAGUUGCCAGUUUAUUAGGUGCAUAACAUUACUGACCUGUCAGUCCCUUGUACCCCAUCCAUCGGUCUAAAGGGAGCACCAUCGUACCUCCCAGAGCCAUAUUAUUAGCUUCAUGGCCCAUCACAGCCAAUAUAAUUAGGAAUGUCUAAUAAACUGGCAGCUUAUUCAUGUGUAUAUAUAAUAUAUAUAUAUAUAUAUAUAUAUAUAUAUAUAUAUAUAUAUAUAUAUAUAUAAAAUACUUGAGAUGAUUCUGCAUAGCACACUGGUCUAUGAGAUAAGAAUGGACUACCUGUAAUCUUGAAGAGAUGACUAAGAGCAGCUAUGUGUGUGUGUGUGUGUGCUUGUGUGUGUAAAGUGCAUGAUUUAUAGUGCAUCACCACAUCCUGCGCGUUCUACUUGUCUGUUUUAACAGCAGCCAACAUACAGGAAAUCUCUCUAUUAAACAAAUUGUGUCUUUAGAGUUUGUAACAUUAUGUUCCUACAGUUUAUCUAUUCUUUCACAAUCCAAAGCAUCAGUGAUUAAAGGAGACUAAAAUCCACUCAGAAGUUCAUCAAUCCUAAAACUGACUUAUUUUCUGUUACAUUGAUUUCUGCCGUCUUUACUUUAAAUGAGCAAUAUCAGUGAUUUUUAACUGAAAUGUUCAAGAUAGGAUUAUAAAGAUCAGUUCAGGAAAAGGCUUUUGCAGUACCGCGGAUCAGAAUAAAUUAGCUUUAGUCAGGUUUAUUGGCCAAGUGUGUUGACACACAAGGAAUUUGGUUCAGCUGUUUGUGACUCAAAAGUACAGACAUAAAAACAUUAUUACAUUGACCUGACCGCAUCUGAGGUCAUUCUGAGACGAGUCUGCAGGUAACAGAUCACAAAGACACUCCUUUAAAAUGAUUAUCUGCUGUGUGAUCUGAUGAUAAUGCUUUUUGUUUUUGUUUUGUUUGUUUGUUUGUUUCAUUUGCCCUCAUUUUGCACCAUAUGUAAAAUAAGGAUUUUUUUUCCAGCUCUAUUCAGUGUCUGUCUGCAUAAUAAUGGCUCAUUUUGUUUAUUUGUGGAUUUGUCAAUUCUAUUUAUUUAAAAGGAGGAAUAAAUCUGUCAGUCAUCGGAA